UGAAUGGAGAGAAGAAGGCCUUCAGUUCGGCUGCUGGCCCUGGAGCUGCACACUCGCCCACACUGCGUUUCUCCUCUGCUCAAAAGUACCCUCAGUGCUUCCGGUCACAUACAAACAAGUUUCGCCACUUUUUAGCGGCGGAACCCGGAAGCAUAUCUGCAGCGACUGAAGCCCCACCUCGAGUGCGACAGACCGCCCACCUAAGUGCGUAGAUGGCCGAGAAGCUUGCCUCCGGGGAGUGACUGCUGUAAUUGUGCUCUCUGUACAACGGCGGAACGCGAAGGUGGUGCCAAAGUGGGGAACAGUAAUAGGCUCUCGACUGAGAUAAGACCAGCAGGGUGGCGGUCUCUGGCUUUUAUUUCUUGUCAGGAGCGUGGGGACGGCGGUGUCUCAAAUCCGCCCUGUAGCCCUGCUCUGACUUGGGCCUCAGCAUCCCUAAGGAUGUGGCGUGACACGUAUUUGCCCUUGGCUCAAUUUCUCAGAAAAGUAAAAUCGAGGCCCAGAGAAUUUAAGUGGGCUACCCAAGCUCCAAAGCAGCAAUAUCUCCCCAAAGCAACCCAUGGCUCUUUCAUAUGCAUGAACUCAUUUCAUACUGAGGAUAACACAGUAAGGGGCAUUGAGGCUAAAUAAGAGAGCUUGAGUGAAUUCCCCUCAGAAGGGUAGAGCCAGGAUUCAAACUCUGUCAAUCAGCUCAAUCAUUAGUUUCCUGAGGAAAUUUUUCUGAUCCCCCCACCUACCCAGCUAGGCCCUGGGCCCUCACAGCACCCUUUGGUCCAUUCUAUCACAGUGCACAGCUACCACUGAUUUCUGUUUCUGUUGCCACUAGACUGCCAGCAACUUGAGAGCAAUGACCACAUCUGAUUCAUCUUGUUAGUCCUGCCGCAAUACAAGACACAGAACAUAUUAGGUGGCACUAAACAUUUGUUUAAAUAUCUCUUUCAGUUUCUCACCCAGAAUUGCAACAUAAUUAUUUCUUUCCAGAAUAUCACAUUCUGAGAGCUAUCAUCCUCAAUGGCUGCAGAAAAGACUCAGUAAGCUGCUUUUUUUCCUGGAGGACUUCAAGACUACCUCUCAAGUGUUGCUAUCAGAAAAUACCUCUGCAAUUAAAAUAAAAAACUUUGUUCCUUGAGCUUUUUCAUGCUCUGGGGAUUACUGAUUUAGGAUUGAGUCCCAGGAGUAAGGUAACUAGGACAAAGUGAAUGAACACUUUUCUUGUUCUUGCUGCUGUUGCCAAGUUGCUUUCCAGUAAGGGAAUGUGCCUGUUUACUCUGAACAGCAAUCGGAAACUCAGCCCCAGUGAAAUCCAGAUCUUGCUUGUCUCCAUUGCUGGUUUUAAUUUCCUGUCCUGCAGCGACUCCUUAAUAUUAGUGCUGACCUUUGGGGCAAGGUGAACACAUGGUUGGCCCAAAGAGAAAAGGCUCUGGGUGGCUCAGGAACUUCUUUGGCAACCACAACAGCUGAUAUUUCAACAGAGCACACACACACCCCCUUACCAAGGGUACUUCCCCAGCCUUCCCAGGGAACCAACGAAUGCCUCCAGGCUCCCUCUUUGAUGCCAUCCACUGGACCUGCUUUGGGGGUCUGUAAAUGCAAGAGAGCCAAGUAUUGGAUAAUUAGCGAUGGAAGAAAAACCCUAUAAGAGAACAGCAUCCAUCCCCCAGUUUACCAAUUCCCCCACAAUGGUGAUCACGGUGGGCUUACCUGCUCGAGGCAAGACCUAUAUCUCCAAGAAGCUCACACGGUAUCUCAACUGGAUAGGAACACCAACCAAAGUGUUUAAUUUAGGCCAGUAUCGAAGAGAGGCAGUGAGCUACAAGAACUACGAAUUCUUCCUCCCAGACAACAUGGAGGCCCUACUUAUCAGGAAGCAGUGUGCCCUGGCAGCCCUGAAGGAUGUCCAUGACUAUCUGAGCCAUGAGGAAGGCCAUGUUGCAGUUUUUGAUGCCACCAACACUACCAGAGAACGACGGUCACUGAUUCUCCAGUUUGCUAAAGAACAUGGUUACAAGGUCUUUUUCAUUGAGUCCAUCUGUAAUGACCCUGAUAUUAUUGCAGAAAACAUUACGCAAGUGAAACUUGGCAGCCCUGAUUACAUGCACUGUGACAGGGAAAAGGUUCUAGAAGACUUCCUAAAGAGGAUCGAGUGCUAUGAGGUCAAUUACCAGCCCUUGGAUGAGGAACAGGACAGCCACCUGUCCUACAUCAAGAUCUUUGACGUGGGCACGCGCUACCUGGUGAACUGAGUGCAGGACCACAUCCAGAGCCGCAUGGUCUACUACCUCAUGAACAUCCAUGUCACACCCAGUUCCAUCUACCUGUGCCGGCAUGGUGAGAGUGAACUCAACCUCAGAGGCCGCAUUGGGGGUGACUCCGGCCUCUCAGCUCAGGGCAAGCAGUAUGCCUAUGCUUUGGCCAACUUCAUUCGGUCCCAGGCUAUCAGCUCUCUGAAGGUGUGGACCAGCCACAUGAAGAGGACCAUCCAGACAGCUGAGGCCUUGGAUGUCCCCUAUGAGCAAUGGAAGGCACUGAAUGAGAUUGGUGCGGGUGUUUGUGAAGAGAUGACCUAUGAAGAAAUCCAGGAACACUACCCUGAAGAGUUUGCACUACGGGACCAAGAUAAAUAUCGUUAUCGCUACCCCAAGGGAGAGUCCUAUGAGGAUCUGGUUCAGCGACUGGAGCCAGUUAUAAUGGAGUUAGAGCGACAGGAGAAUGUGCUGGUGAUCUGCCAUCAGGCCGUCAUGCGGUGCCUCUUGGCCUACUUUCUGGAUAAGAGCUCAGAUGAGCUACCAUAUCUCAAGUGUCCUCUGCACACUGUGCUCAAACUCACACCUGUGGCUUAUGGCUGCAAAGUGGAGUCCAUCUACUUGAAUGUAGAGGCAGUGAACACACACCGAGAGAAGCCUGAGAAUGUGGACAUCACCCGGGAACCUGAGGAAGCCCUGGACACAGUCCCUGCCCACUACUGA